ACUCGGGGCAGGGAAGGACUUGACCCGGGGAGAAACGCGCCCCGGGAGAAGGGGAGAGAAUGCUUCCCCUCCCACGCCCGCCCCGUGCUUCCUCCCGGCUGGGGGGACCGCAGCCGCCCAGCAGGGGGCUGUGCUCGCCAAUGAAGUCACCCCGGGCCGGGAGACGGGCCUCCAGCUCUGAAACAUUUGCCUUUCUGUUCCCCUCCAGCCAGAUGGCCAGGCCGCUGUCCACCCCCAGCCCUUCGCAGAUGCAAGCCAGGAAGAAACGCAGAGGGAUCAUAGAGAAACGGCGCCGAGACCGCAUCAACAGCAGCCUUUCUGAAUUGCGGCGCUUGGUCCCCACCGCCUUUGAGAAGCAGGGCUCCUCCAAGUUGGAGAAAGCUGAGGUCCUGCAGAUGACGGUAGAUCACUUGAAAAUGCUCCAUGCCACUGGUGGGACAGGAUUCUUUGAUGCCCGAACCUUGGCAGUUGACUUUCGGAGCAUUGGUUUCCGGGAGUGCCUCACUGAGGUCAUCAGGUACCUGGGGGUCCUGGAAGGCCCCAGCAGCCGUGCGGACCCUGUCCGGAUUCGCCUUCUCUCCCACCUCAACAGCUACGCAGCCGAGAUGGAGCCUUCACCCACACCUGCCAGCCCCCUGGCCUUCCCUGCCUGGCCCUGGUCCUUCUUCCACAGCUGUCCAGGGCUGUCAGCCCCAAGCAGCCAGCUCGCCAUCCUAGGAAGAGUGCCCGGCCCUGUCUUCCCCAGCGCCUCCUCCCUUGCUUACCCGGUCCCAGCCCUCCGAACCGCUCCCAUGCGCAGAGCUGCUGGCACCAUCCUCCCAGCCCGGAGGAAUUUGCUGCCCAGUCGAGGGGCAUCUUCUACCAGGAGGGUCCGCCCUCUGGAGAGGCCAGCUGUGCCCCUGCCCACGGCCCCCAGCAGCAGGGCUGCCAGGAGCAGCCAUGUGGCACCCCUCCUUCGGUCUUCUUCCCCCCCUAGUGUUGGGAGGUCCCCUGCUUAUGCCACUGUUCCGGCCCCCAGGCCCUCUUCCCCUGGGCCUUCUGGGCGGCCCACUGCAGCUGCAGCUGCGGCUGCUCUCUGCCACUCCUGGGUCUCCGAAAUCACGGACGUCGGGGCUCUCUGAGCUGUCCUCCCCCCAGGAGUAAGGAGGAUUCUUUUUCAGGAGCUCACACGACUGCAUCUUUACCCAUCAGAGGCCCCCCUCCUCUGGCCCAUCUCCCCAUCCUCACUGCUCUUCCCAGCUUUCCCACCAGCUCUCCUGGAGCUGUUCUGAUCUCAGAGGCUUGGCCUCCUUACCUGGACAGAUGAGUCCCAGAAGAGCCCAGAGAGCUGUGCCCCGACCCCUCUCCUGCCCUGGUAUACAUGUGCAGCAGGCAUGAAUCUCAGCUUUGGGAACAAAGCUUUGAUCUGAAAAGCACAGUGGUCUGAAGCUGACUGCUUCCCAAGAGAGAUCGGACCCCAACCAGGAGCAACGACUGGCUGCAGCCUUCUCAGGCCCAGGGGGCCGGAACACAGCCUCUGCCUUGCUUCUGAGACAGUAAAUGGGCCACAAAGAGGUUUCCUGGGAACCCUGCCUGUCCCGGCCCACCAGUCUUCAGCCCACCCGUCUUCGGCACACCCCAUCAGAGCAAACCACAGGACAGUCCCACUGUCUACCCCAGACAAGGCCUGGGGGUUGGGGGCCCAGUGGGGCCUGCUCCUGACCUCUUCGCACCUGCAGACACCCACUCAGCUGGGAGGUUUCCUGGCAGCAGUGUGGCUCCACACGGGGUGUCCUUACCACCAGGCCUGGGACCGCGCUCUCAGAUAGGAGCCAGGACUGAGCAGAGAAUGACCUCUCUGCCUCUUGCACUGCCUCCCUCCUCCAGGCGUGUGGUCCCCACUGGGUGCACUGUGUGGAUAGCCAAGUUCCCACGUGACAGCGCCCAGAGAGGAACCCUCUUGGGAUCCAGAACCAGACGUUCGCGCUGCCUGGUUUGCAUCCGGCUCACAGAGCCCAGACUGCUAGCACCGCCAAGGGCUGUCAGGCUGGACAAAAAUAACUGCGAGGAGGGGCGAGAGGAAGGACAGUCAGAGGUGGUCUGGCCCUGCAAGGUCACACAGUGGGUCGAGGGCCUGAGAUCCUAGUCACCCAGGAUUCCACCCAGCUGGCUCUCUUUAGAGGCCAUUUCCUCACACGUUUCUUCUCACAGAGGGAACAAAUGGCCUAGCCACCAUUUCCCAUGCGAGAGCAGAGGCUGGACAAGAUUGGAGCAGACCUGGUACUGACGUUCGGUGGGACCAGUGUUGCCAGACCUGUUGUUAAAAUGUAGAAACACAUCUGUGCUGGAUGGCAAAUCCCUGCUUCCCCUGAGUGGCUCUGAGUGUCCCCCACCACAUGGCUUUGCCUCCAGGACCCCUGUGCUGGUUAAGGGCUAGCAGACCCAAGGUCAUGGAGCCCUCCAGUCGGCAAUUGGUUUGUCGGUGCUUAUUUCACACUGGUUAUUAAAUACUUUAACUGUCACCCACGGGAAAGUUCUCCCACCCCUACCCUUUGAUGGAACUACCCUGCCCAGAGGCUAAAUCUAGGAGACUCCCUGGGCUCAAAAGUAGAGUUUGUAAAAACCCUGGGGAAAAGGGCCCUUUCAGAGAAGUGGGUCGGAGGGCAGAGAUCAUUUAAAUGACCCAGAAAGCUCUUUGAAAAGGCAAAUUCCUCAAGGAGGCCUAAAGAGCUCCAGUAAUUCUUUCACUCCUCAGCUUAGUUCCAUCAGAUUGCUGUCCUCCUGCCCCUACCCGAGAUGUGCAGCCUUGAGGACAGAGGGGUCAUUUCGAGGAGUGGGUCACUGGCCUGGAGUGCUCCUGAGGGAGACAGAGGAGGGCAGGGCUGUCAGCAGACUCCUGGGAAUUGGGACGGGGGAAGGGGGAGGUGGCAGAAGGGUAAGAUCAACUCUACCUUUCUCACAAAAGGCAGGAAGAACUCCUCUUCUUCCUCCCAGCCCACCGUCCCCUCCCCACUUCCCUGGCUAUCCCAGGUGGUGGCUCACUGCUCCCAGGACACCAGGUCAGUCCUGUAGUUUGGCAACGUCCUAGCCCCAGCAUUUACUCAUAGUGGGACUGCGGGAAUCCCAUUCCCAUGUCUCCAGCACCCAACUCCAAAAGAAUCUGUUGACACCAUUGAAUGAGAUGUAAAUGGCCCAGAACUUUCGGAGGUUGUGGGGGAGAGGUGACUGGCUGGCUGUAACUGUCUCUGUGGUUGAGGAUCUGAAUCUUUUGUUCAUAUUCCCAAGUCUUUAUGGUGCCCCUGACUCCCACCCCCUUGCUGGGGUGGUUGUUGCAGACAUCCAAUAAAGUUUUUUAAAGUUCUUCUGGAA